AUGAAUGAUUUAUUCUCAAGUUCCUUCAAAAGGUACACUGACCUGAAACAGCAGGCACACCUAGAUGACAAGGAGGCAGGAAGAGAAGGUAUGAAUCUUGACAGAUUCUUUGAGGAUGUUGAGGGUGUCAAUGAAGAAAUGAGAAAUGUAGAGAAGCUGUACAAGAAGUUACAGGAAGCCAAUGAAGAAAGCAAAAUUGUCCACAAUGCCAAGACAAUGAAAGAGCUUCGUGCUCGAAUGGACACCGAUGUUGAGCAGGUCCUAAGACGUUGCAAAAUCAUCAAGAAAAAGCUGGAAGCCUUGGAAAAAUCCAACGCGACUAGCAGGAACGUUCCAGGCUGCGGCCCUAGCUCGUCAGCAGACCGAACCAGGACGUCGGUAGUGAGUGGUUUGGGGAAGAAAUUGAAGGAUCUAAUGGAUGACUUUCAAGGGUUGAGAGCCAGAAUGAAUACAGAGUACAAAGAAAUGAUUGAACGCAGGUACUUUACAAUUACAGGCGAAAAGGCGAAUGAAGAGACUAUUGAGAACUUGAUAUCAAGUGGAGAAAGUGAAAGUUUCUUGCAGAAGGCAAUUCAGGAGCAAGGGAGAGGUCAGAUUAUGGACACUAUAUCAGAAAUUCAAGAAAGGCAUGAUGCUGUAAAGGAAAUAGAGAAGAAUUUACUUGAACUUCAUCAAGUUUUCUUGGACAUGGCAGCUCUGGUGGAGGCACAGGGUCAUCAGCUCAAUGACAUUGAGAGCCAUGUCUCACACGCUAGCUCGUUUGUUCAACGAGGGACGACGGAGCUUCAGGUUGCCAGGGAAUACCAGAAGAAUUCGAGAAAAUGGACAUGCAUUGCUGUAGUUGCUGGUGCUGUUCUCAUUAUCGUCAUCUUGUUACCACUCAUGCCAACAAUUUUGUCUAUGUUGUAGGAAGGGAGUUUACUUAAGUCACUUCUUGUUCUUGGAUGAAUCUCAUAACACAUUUAAAAAUCUUUUGUUUCAAUUCCUGGUGAGGGCAGCCGUUUCAUUGUCUCAAACCCAUCUUCACAGAGGGUAUAGAAGUGGAGAUAUGUCGUCCUUCCUAUUCAGUCACUGCAUAGUGCAUAUGCAAUAGCCCUAGUAACAGUAAUCAUAAAUAAGUUCACUCAAACCCUCACCUUAAUCUGAAUUAUGUCCAAAAACUAGAUGCAAA